UACGUCGCGCACGAUGUUUUAUUGAUGAGAAAUCCCUCGUAUCGAGUGAAUUGGCUCCAAUGUUGUGCAGACUUGUCACUAGUCAGGAAUAGCAGUGGAUAUAAUGUCUGGACCUGGCUCUUCUACUCUAACAGUGAUGAGAAACGGUCCUCCGGGACAGAUAUCAAUGACGACUCCAGCUGUGACCUUCCACUCUAUGUGGAUAGGGGUCCCUUUUCCUGGUUGCUCGCAAUAUUCAAAAUUCGAGACGUUCACAUUCUGCACAAGUGCGGGCAGGACGCGCUGCACUAUUUGACUUUCCAGCGCUACCUGGUGGUGUACAUGUGCGUAAUAUGCAUACUCAGCAUCACUGUUAUACUGCCCGUAAACUUCCAAGGAGGCCUCGCUGGACCAGAGGAUUCAUUUACUCAUACUACUAUCCUGAAUAUUGAUCCUACGUCACCAAUGUUGUGGGUGCAUGCUGGUUUUGCACCUCUAUACCUCAUCAUCAUCGUACUAUUCCUAAAGCACUAUCAUGCCAACUUGCAGUUUGAAAAUGAAGAACACGUCACGAGAACAGUGAUGAUCUGUGAAAUUCGGAGAGACGGAUGUGUUAAAGAGCUUAUCAUACAGCAUUUCCAGGAAGCCUAUCCCGAAAUCCGAAUACAAGACGUUCAGUUUGCAUUUAAUGUUGCUCAACUGAUGGAGCUAGAAGGGAAAAGGCAAGCAGCGAGUGAGGCAGUGGCUGUGAGUAGCCAACUGAAAACUAAACCUGGACAGAGUACACAAAUGCAUCCGUUUCCAUGUGGUUACAUUUGCUGCUGUGGACCCAAGACGGAUUGCGCGGAGUUCUACAAGGCAGAAGAGAAGCAGCUCAUUGAUGCGUGCGAGGCGGAGAAGGAUGCAGCCUUCAAGGACACUCUCGGAAUCGCAUUCGUCACGUUUCAGACGGACGAGAUGGCUCACGCUGUCGUGCAGAGCUACCUGGGAGCCUGUGGGAAGGGAUCGGUGGCUGGCACAUCUAGUCUGAGUGGCGAGCUCAUGUCGUCCCAGUGGGAGGUGAAGUACGCACCCAGCCCCGAGGAUAUUUACUGGGAGAAUCUGUCGUCGUCGCCCGGCAGUCUUGCCGUGAAGUCUCUACUCGUCAAUGGCUUCCUCUUCAUCGCUUUGUUCUUCUUCACGACUCCGGCGAUCAUCAUCACCUCUCUCGACGACAUCUUCUACAAGGAUGCUGCGAAGGUUCAGACGAGUCCUGUUAUAUCAGAGUUUCUUCCUACUCUUCUACUCUGGACCUUCUCAGCUAUUCUACCUGCAGUUGUCGCCUGGACUGACAGAUUUUUGUCCUACUGGACAAGGUCAGAGCAGCACCAUUCCCAGAUGAAAAAGACAUUCAUCCUUCUGAUCUUUAUGGUUUUAAUUCUACCAUCACUUGGUUUAACAAGGUGUCUGUUCCUGCCGGACAGCGGCGCGUUCUUCGUCAACUACGUCGUCACGUCCGCGCUCAUCGGCUGCGCGCUCGAGAUCAUCCGCUUCCCGGAGCUGUUCAUGUACGCGUGCCGCAUGUGCUGCUCACGCUCCGCCGCCGAACACCCGCACGUGCGCAAGACGAUCGUCUGGGAGUUCCAGUUCGGCGUGCAGUACGCCUGGAUGCUGACCGUGUUUGCCGUGACGAUCGUCUACAGUCUCUCCUGCCCGCUCGUCGUCCCAGCAGGAUUGUUGUACCUGACAAUGAAGCACGCUGUUGACCGCUACAACAUCUACUUUGCGUACGCCCCAUCGAAGAUCAGCCGGCGCAUCCACGCGACGGGCAUCAGCUAUGUGGUACUGAGCGUCGUGCUGCUGCAGAUGUCACUGCUCUUCUUCUCCAUGCUGAGAAUCGGUACGGUCGGACAGACGGCGUUUCUUGGAGCGUGUCUGUUGGUGACGAUCAUUGUCUACGUGGGGAGAAUGACGUUCGGCUGGUUUAAUCAACUGAGCCCGUCGGCGCCAUAUCGCCAAUUUCAGAAUGUUAUCAGCAGUCGUGCAGGAGUGGGGACACUGGAGCAGGGCUCCAAUCAAGAUCAGUAUACACGGAGUGACGCCGGGGUAGGAUAAUCUUAAUUGCUCUGGUGUUAUGUGCAAUGCGAGCGGAGGUAAUUUCGUUA